AUGGACGAGUUCAUAUCCAUGGGUCAAAUGGAAAAGGUGGAUCCAAGAAAGAAGGCUUUGUAUUAUAUGCCACAUCAGGCAGUGGUACUUGAAACAAGUCUAACCACUAAAGCUGAAAUUUUAAUACGUCCGAAAAGCGUUACCAUUACAAAAAUCAAACCAGAGUGCGACGAUUUCCAGUUAAUGAGAAUCGAGUGUGUGGAAACAGGAACUGAAUUGGAUAUAGGUGAAUCCGCAAGUACAGAAGCUAAGGCGGAGGUAAUGGAAAUGAUUAGAAAAUAUAAGCCGGAGAAAUCAACCCGGGGGCUGACUCCUUCGGAGCUUAAGGAUAAUAAGUUAUGGUGGCAUGGACCAGAGUGGCUCAUUUUGGAUGAGAAUAAUUGGCCAAUCAGUGUAACGGAAUUUCAAACAUCCUCGGAGGAAAAAAGGUCUCAAUCUAUGUUUGCUAAAUCGUCAGAAAUUGCGGAUAGCUCGUUGAAAGCAAGUGGUGGCAAGCCGGAAGAAACGGAGAAAGUGACAGGAGACUCAGAUCAAGCUGGCAUCAUCCGGGCAAAUGGCCGCCUAGGUUCCACGACGUGUUUGACAUACAACGAACGGCAUCCGGUGAUUCUGGCAUAUGAAAGCAGGAUAGCAAGACUUUAUGUGGAGUUCGUUCAUAAAAUCACUUGCCACGGUGGUAUCAGAUUGGUAAUGACGACCGUCCGCUUAGAAUGUUGGGUCAUCAGACUUAAAAGCUUGGUGAAGAGUGUUAUACACAAUUGCAAGGUCUGUGUUUUACACCGUCAGAAGCUGAUGCAACAAAUUAUGAGCGUGUUUCCCCCCGAAAGAACGACUCUGAGUCGAGCAUUUACUAAUACGGGAGUAGACUUUGCCGGACCGUUUGAGAUAAAAAGUUUUACCGGUCGUUAUAGCAGAAUUACCAAAGGAUAUGUGUGUCUCUUUGUAUGUUUCGCAACUAAGGCAAUCCAUUUAGAGGCAGUCAGUGACUUGUCUACCCCAGCCUUUCUGGCAGCACUAGAUAGAUUUGUGGCUCGAAGAGGUUGUCCAAAUUCCAUGUACUCGGAUAAUGGCAGGAACUUUGUGGGAGCUGCGCGGCAAAUCGACUCAAACUUUGCCCAACAAGUUAAAUCGUUUAAGGACGAGGCUGUCAAUAAAUUUGGCCAUCAAAGACUUUCUUGGCAUUUCAUCCCUGCAGCAGCUCCUCAUAUGGGCGAACUCUGGGAGUCGGGAGUGAAAAGUUUUAAGACCCACUUCAAAAAGCUUUCUGGUCAACUUAAAUACACCUUCGAGGAGUUCUCCACAUUAUUAGCGACGAUUGAGGCAUGUCUCAAUUCUCGCCCUCUCGGAUCUAUGUCUGAAGACGUCGAGGACUUACAAGCACUCACGCCAGCUCACUUUUUAAUUGGUUCCUCUAUGUUGACCCCAGCGGAACCAGAAGAAAUUAAACCGGUAAGCAGUAUCUUCAACCGUUGGCGGAAACUGAAAGCAAUGCAUCACGAUAUAUGUCGCAGAUGGAAAGAAGAAUAUUUGGUGGAACUACAUAAGAGAUAUAAGUGGAAAAAUCCUCGAAAUGACUUAAUUGUCGGUGACUUAGUGGCUCUCAAAGGAGAAUCUCUUUGCUCAACUGAUUGGCGCCUAGGGCGAAUAGUCAAGGUCUAUCAUGGUUCUGAUGACAAAGUUCGAGUAGUUGAUUUGAAAACCCAGGGUGGCAUAAUUACUAGACCCAUUCACAAAUUAGUACUCUUACCCCGUAGCUCACAAAUCUAA